AUGAAGGACUUGGGUGCACCAAUGAAGAUUCUAGGGAUGGAGAUCUUCAGAGAUAGGGAGAAGGACUUGUUCUUGUCACAGAAGGCCUACAUUAAUGAGGCGUUGACAAGGCUCAUGAUAUCUUCAGAUAAACCUAUCUGUAUUUCGUGCACUGCAAAUGUUCAUCUCACCACGUAUAUGAGAAACGCAUCUGGUACAUCUGGCGCAGAGAAACGCAUAUGGUACAUCUGGCACUUGAAGGUGCAUCUGAUUUGGGAUAUCAGAAAGAAAGGAUGCAUCCAAACGUAUAAAGGUCACACUCGUGGCAUUAGUACUGUCAAAUUUACUCCUGAUGGUCGUUGGUUGGUGUCUGGUGGACUUGACAACGUUGUAAAGGUUUGGGAUAUAACUGCCGGAAAGCUCUUGCAUGAGUUUAAGUUUCAUGAUGGACCUAUCCGUUCCCUAGACUCCCACCCUCUUGAGUUUCUCCUAGCCACUGGUUCUGCUGACAGGACUGUGAAGUUCUGA